AGUAUUGAUCCAGUAUGUGGUGGUAGUUCUAAACUUGCGCCGUGGACCAGCUGGUUGAUCUCUUCGAUCCUCUCUGGCAGGAAUAAUAUCUCUGUAGCACAACAUGCCUAAAAGGAAGUCUCCUGAAGGGGCCAAUGCCAAGGAUGCCUCCAAGGUCACUAAGCAGGAGGUCACUAAGCAUGUGGUCACUAAGCAGGAGCCCACCAGGCGGUCAGAGAGGUUGUCAUCGAAACCAGCUCCUCCCAAACCUGUUGAGGUCAAGCCUAAGAAGGCUAUCGCCAAGAAGCCGGUGGAUGACAAGAACAUGAAGGAAAAGAAAGGCGGCGCUAAGGUGAAGGAGGAUGGCCCCUCCCACAAUGGACAGACCAUGACGGAGGAGAUCUGUGUGUCUCGCUCCAGUGUCAGUGUGACCUACUACAGAAGUCUUGCUCCCAACUCCAUGUCUGUCAGAGGACAGAGUGAGACGGUCAGAGUCAACGGAGACUGAGGCUGUGAAGGCAGGGUCUGUCGAGGAGAAGGAAUGAGGAAGUGGGGGGGGUCUUUCUCUGACUCCUCCCAAACCAGUACCAUGGAAACGGAGGAUGUUUUUUACCAGGAUUUUGUAAAAUGCAGAUUUUUGUUUGUCCUGUGAUACUAGCAAAGAUACCCCCCCUCUCUCUCUCUCUCUCUCUCUCUCUCUCUCUCUUCCCCCCUCUCUCUCUUUCUCUCCCUCUCUCUCUCUCUCUCUCUCUCUCUCCCCUCCCUCUCCCCUUCCUUUACUUGAAAGACAGAAUGAAGUGACAUGUUUUUAUAAAAUGGCCGCAAGCAUUAUCCAUCUGGCAGUGGGAGGAGGUUCACGGGGUCACCAUGGUGAUGCCACUCACUUCCUUUCUAAACAAUGUCAGAUCCUCUCGACCGCGAUGGCUCUUUGUGAUGACAUCGCUGUAAAUUAAGUGAACCUCCCACCUAUGACAUCAGAGACCAAAGGGUCAGACUCCUAUGACAUCACAGGUGACCUUUGACCCUGACCUGAGAUGUUGCCAUGGUGAAUAUUUGCAGCUUUUUAAACAGAUUUAGAAGUGUUCAGCAUGGCCACUCUUGUGUUGUAAUGUGUGAGUUUGUUUUAACCCCUGGUUGUCUGUCAGAGCAGCAUAGCAGUAACAAGUGGGGCUUCUGUUCUAGAACUCUGUGGCUUCCAGAACCUCUGGGUUCCAUCCUGCCUGUGGGAAAACAUUAUUUUGAAAUAAAAACAGAAAGUUGACAUCUUG